AUGUCAGAUAUACCUUUAGGUUCUUUAAAGAAUAGUGGAGGUUUCUAUUAUGAAACUCCAGGUAAUGAUAGCACUGAUGAAAAUCAACAACAACAACAACAACCAAUAUUAUCACAAUCAACACCAGCACAGUCAACAUCAACAUCUGGGCAAUAUCAAACCUAUCAAAUAGUAAACUCUAAUUCACCUGGUGCAAUAUUAUCAACAUCAGUUGAUAUACCAAAUAGUAGUAAUAAUAAUAACAAUAACAAUAAUAAUAAUAAUAAUAAUAAUAAUGGACCAAGAAAGAGAUUACAUCAUUCACUUGAUCCAAAUGCAUUGGAUGGAGAUGAAGGGUCACAAUUAUCAUUAUCUAGAACAAUGGCAACACCAGAUACACCAUUGACAUACAAAGACUAUGGUAUUACCGAUGAUACUAGUGCAUUAGAGGCAAGAAGAACCAUUCAAAAUCAUAUGUUUGGUUUCAGACCUUUCAAAUCGAAAAUCACAAAAAAGAAUAUCGAUGAUCAUUCACCAGAGGUUAGACAAUUGUAUUUGGAUGGUGGUCCAACAAGUUCAUACAGAGGUAUCAAUACUAUUGGCAAUUAUGUUUAUUCUAUCUUUUUUGGUUCCCUUUUAUAUUUAAUAUUUGUUUUAUUAUCCUUUAUUUUAACAAUAACAUAUUUUGGAUUCCCAUUUGCAAAGAUAUUAUGGGAUAUGAAAGGAUUUGUGUUAUGGCCUUUUGGUAAAUACUUGCAAUUGGCAUUGAAUCAAUAUGCAUCGUUGGGUGGUUCAGAUAUGGAUGGUGAAAAACAACCGUUGAGAGGUACCAGUAGAACUUCAUAUGCUUCCUUGAGUAAUCCAAUCAAGGAUAGAUCGAGUCUAUCAAUCAAUAUUGGUCGUGUCCUUUACUAUCUAUUGGCAGCUCCCAUUCUCAUUUUAUUCCAUGGUAUCAUAAUGGCAUUUACUUGGUUGAUCGUUGUUAUGAUUCCAACCUCUAAAAUGCAAUCUAAAAUUCUUUGGAAUCUUUUGGCAAAUCCACUUUUGGUUAGACAAUCCAUUUCACCUCGUUCUGAUUGUCAAAUCAUUAAUUUCCCUGUUGAAGCUAUCAAUCGUAUUUAUUAUAAAUAUACUUUAAAUGGAAUGAAUAUUUGUUUGGUUAAUUUAUUACCAUUUGUAAUUUUAUCAUUAAUAUUUGGAUACUUUUUAGAACAUGUUAUUCAUCCAGUUGUUAUAUUCCUUUGUUGUAUAUUAUCGACCAUUCCAUUGUCCUAUUAUAAUGGUAUGGCGAUUGCUAGUUUAUCGGCACAGACUAGUUUUGCUGUCGGUGCUUUGAUCAACGCUAGUUUUGGAUCAAUCAUUGAGUUGAUUCUCUACAUUGUCACCAUCAAUGGCCAACAAGAAGAGGUUGCUCGUUCAGCCCUGACCGGUGCACUUUUGGGUGCCAUGUUGUUGAUUCCAGGUCUGUCGAUGGUGAUUGGUGGCAUCAAACACAAGGAACAAAAGUUUAACCCAACCGUCAUGGGUGUCAGCACUGCCUUGUUGACGGUGGCUGUUAUCGGUGCGUUUGCACCAACCAUCUUUUACAAGAUCUAUGGCAACUACUCGCUCUCGUGCACUGGUUGUACCGAUGUGACUGGAGCUAUGAGUUGCACGAAUUGUGCCUAUGUUCAAAGUGACUUGGAUGACGAUCCCGUCUACACUGGUAAGGCUCGUACUCUUAUGUACAUCAUCUCUGGUACAUUGCCCGUAGCCUAUCUCGUCGGUCUCUUGUUUACACUAAAGACACACACUCACAUCCUCCAUCCAAUCGAAGACAAAAAGGAAAAGGGUCAUGGUCACAAUAGCAACGGCGAAGCAUCUGUUGAAAGUGAAUGGAGCAAGAAACAAUGUAUCAUUGUCCUUUGUAUAUGUACCACCAUGUUUGCUUUGGUCUCUGAGAAACUCGUCGAAUCGAUCGAUCCAGUUGUUCAACUACUCGGUCUCACCCACGAAUUCCUUGGUGUCACCAUUCUAGGUAUCAUCCCAUCCGCCGCCGAAUACCUAAAUGCCAUCCAAUUUGCACUCAACAAUAACAUGCCACUCGCACUUGAAAUUGGUGCAUCAGCUGCCGUCCAAAUCACUCUUUUCCAAAUGCCAGUAUUAGUAUUUAUUUCUGCCAUUUUAAAUCAUUUGAGUAGUAAUGGAUCAUUUACAUUGAUUUUCCCAUUAAUUGAUUUCUUUGCGGUAUUCUUUGGAGUGAUUGUAAUGAAUGUUAUUUUCAGUAAUGGUAAAACCAAUUAUUUCAUUGGUUCAACUCUUUGGGGUUUUUUACAACCUUUGGGAGAAGCAAGUUCCCGGGCUGAUAGUCAAUCGAGAAUCAACCUGUUCAAGAUAUUCUUCUCUGAUGAUUCAAUUUAA